UGUUAGUUGCACCUGUAUAAAAGACACCUGUCCACACCUGAUCAGACAGACUCCAGUCAGUUAGUUUUAACCACACUGCGGUCUUUUGCAACCAGAGACUUCCAGAGAGGGAGCCGAGUGACAGUUCGGGUGUUUCCGUCAUCCCCGAGCAGUCCCGAGGAGCGUAGAGGUCCAAUAAAAACGUGGUUCAGUCUGCCGCGAGGAGUCACAUGGCAAACCUAACCGGAUCAUAUAACUAUACCAUCUUAAUAAAUAUAAUAAUUGUUGUUGGAACAAACUGAGAGAUGGCUGAUUAUAACAUCUUGACUUGUUUUAAGGACUUAAAGUACUUCAUAGUGCGUGUGGGGACGCAUUUUACGUCAUUGCCGAUCAGCAUGAAGCUCAAUACAGCAGGUAUUUUCUUUAACGAGUCUCUGACGUCACUUAAGAGGCGUUUUGCUGUAAUUUACUGCAAAUGUUCCUCCAGGUGUCCGACUGCGCCGUUGGACACCUGGAGGGUACUUCCAGGUAUUUAUACUGAUUUGUAGCUAAAUGUAUUUAAAGGCGCGGACCACGAUGCACGUUCACCUGCGCGUGAUUUCCCGCACAUCCGGAUUCACGGUUCCUACAUCGGCAAGUAUCGCGAUAUCUCCCUUGUCGCCAAAGAACCUCCCCGACACCAGGAGUGGACCACAACCCCUGCUGCAGUGUGGCCAAAUCUGGUCAAGAAUAACAUGAAACGUCUGACCUGCGUAACUGACCGUCCAGAGUCGCCUCGUGGCAGAGACAGUAACAUCCGAUCAGAUCAAUCGUCUCCGCUGACAGAUCCAUGUCCAGAACUACACGGCUCUGUUUAUCCACUACGAGCUAAUGCGGUACAAUAAAACCUUCUGUACCAUGGCUGUUGCCAUUACGUUUCUGAUCUUCUACUUCACCGUAAACGUAGAGAUCAACGCCAUCACCGGCAGCGUAGGUGUCACAAAUCAGGCGCACUCCACAAGGCGCCCUCUGACCACUCACAUCACGGUGGCUUCUGAAGACCUGAGGAAGGUCAUCCCUCAGGACGCUGCGUACUGGAACCGCCUUUUCUACUCGGCCGUGAAGAGUCUGGACGCCGGCGACAGCCCCGUCAGGAAAGAGUCCCCGUGGUCCGUCUGCAGGGAGGAGAAUCAGGACUUCCUGCGCCUGAACGUUCAUGAUUUUAACUCCCACCCGCCCCUGUUUCAGACUUUUCUGAAGGGCAUGAACUGCAGAGCGCCGCCGAUCCUGAUCGAUCAGCCCAUGAAGUGCCACAACAAGACCUUCCUGCUUCUUGCCGUCAAGUCGUCCCCGGCCAGUUUCGAGAGGAGACAGGCGGUGAGGGAGACGUGGGGGCGAGAGGGGUUGUAUCAGAGCGACCGGAGAGUGCGCCUGGUGUUCUUCCUCGGCAAGAACCCGCCCGACGACCCCGACGUCGGUGCGGUGCUGUCGUUCGAAGCCAAGCGCUUCGGAGACAUCGUGCAGUGGGACUUCCACGAGUCCCUGCUGAACCUGACCCUCAAAAUGGACCUGUUCCUCCAGUGGACCGUGAGGAACUGUCCCUGGGUGUCCUUCGUCUUCAGCGGGGACGACGACGUCUUUGUCAACACGGACGCGCUGGUCGGCUACCUGGAGUCUCUGGACGCGGCCAAAUCGUCUCGGCUGUACGUCGGGCAGGUCUUGAACACGGCGAGUCCCCUCAGGGACCCGAGGAGCAAGUACUUCAUUCCUCAGACCUUCUACAGCGGCCCCUACCCUGCGUACGCCGGCGGCGGAGGAUUCGUCGUCUCCGGCGAGCUGAUGCAGUCCCUGUCUCUCGUCUCAAAGUCGUUUCCCCUGUUCCCCAUCGACGACGUCUACAUGGGGCUGUGCAUGAAGGCUCUGGGAAUCGCCCCCGAGUCGCAUCAAGGAUUUCAGACUUUUGACAUCAGGAAAGAAGACCGCGAGAACGUUUGCGUGCACAAAUACCUUCUUCUGAUCCACCAGCGCACCCCUAGGCAGAUCAAGAAGAUGUGGAAUGACAUCCACAACCCCCUGUUGACUUGUUGAACUGACACCCCCUGCAUUAACAGCGUUGUUUUUAAGUUAAAGUCUUGCAAAAGAAGGGUUUGGAUACAAAGCUAGUAAGGCUGGACGAUAAUACAGUAAUGUAUAUCAAUUGAUAGGGAAAAAAAAGGGUCAAUAAAAAGUUUAAUAGAAUAA